AUGAACCACUCGGCCGAAGCGCUCAACAGCGUGGCCACCAAGAUUAGCACCUCCUGCUCCUGCACCUGCACCACCCAACCACUGACCCACCUGCAUCACACUGGCCACCUGAUUGCCCACCGUCUUGGUCACUCCUACGCAGCUCGUGCCGAUCACAAUUAUCUGGGAUAGAUUCUACCAACUUUGGAAACUAAAAGUCUGAUCCUCGGAUCGCUCUUGGGCACAUCCUUCAUAUCCUUUUUGCAGCAGCAUCAAAACGGCCGGCACAAUGUUGAAAGUCGUUGGUGCAUCGUGGCAAAAAACG